CCCUUGGGUCGGGGCCUCGGAGGAGGCUGUGCAGGCGCAGGCCUGAGCCGGCUCCUCCUGCCCUCGCAGCCUCAAAGUGGAGUACGACAAGCUGGCGAACGAGAAGACGGAGAUGCAGCGCCAUUACGUGAUGUACUACGAGAUGUCCUAUGGCUUGAACAUUGAGAUGCACAAGCAGACAGAGAUUGCGAAGAGACUGAACACGAUUUUAGCACAGAUCAUGCCUUUCCUGUCCCAGGAGCACCAGCAGCAGGUGGCUCAGGCGGUGGAACGGGCCAAGCAGGUGACCAUGACGGAGCUGAACGCCAUCAUCGGGCAACAGCAGCUCCAGGCGCAGCACCUCUCCCACGCCACGCACGGCCCCCCGGUCCAGCUGCCGCCCCACCCGUCAGGCCUCCAGCCUCCAGGGAUCCCCCCAGUGACGGGGAGCAGCUCAGGGCUGCUGGCGCUUGGUGCCCUGGGCAGCCAGGCCCACCUGUCAGUGAAGGACGAGAAGAACCACCAUGAGCUGGACCACAGAGAAAGAGAAUCCAGCGCGAAUAACUCGGUGUCGCCCUCGGAGAGCCUGCGGGCCAGCGAGAAGCACCGGGGUUCUGCGGACUACAGCAUGGAAGCCAAGAAGCGGAAAGCGGAGGAGAAGGACAGCUUGAGCCGAUACGACAGUGACGGGGACAAGAGUGACGAUCUGGUGGUGGAUGUGUCAAAUGAGGACCCAGCGACGCCCCGGGUCAGCCCAGCACAUUCCCCUCCUGAAAAUGGGCUGGACAAGGCCCGUGGCCUGAAGAAGGACGCCCCCACCAGCCCUGCCUCGGUGGCCUCCUCCAGCAGCACACCCUCCUCCAAGACCAAAGACCUUGGUCAUAACGACAAGUCCUCCACCCCUGGGCUCAAGUCCAACACCCCGACCCCAAGGAAUGACGCCCCGACCCCAGGCACCAGCACGACCCCGGGGCUCCGGUCCAUGCCGGGCAAGCCUCCGGGCAUGGACCCAAUAGCCUCGGCCCUGCGCACGCCCAUCUCCAUCACCAGCUCCUACGCCGCGCCCUUCGCCAUGAUGAGCCACCACGAGAUGAACGGCUCCCUCACCAGCCCCAGCGCCUACGCCAGCCUCCACAACAUCCCGCCCCAGAUGAGCGCGGCCGCCGCCGCCGCCGCCGCCUAUGGCCGGUCGCCAAUGGUGAGCUUUGGAGCUGUUGGCUUUGACCCUCACCCUCCCAUGCGGGCCGCAGGCCUGCCCUCAAGCCUCGCCUCCAUUCCUGGCGGAAAACCAGCGUACUCUUUCCACGUGAGCGCCGACGGGCAGAUGCAGCCCGUGCCCUUCCCCCACGACGCCCUGGCAGGCCCCGGCAUCCCGAGGCACGCCCGGCAGAUCAACACGCUCAGCCACGGGGAGGUGGUGUGUGCCGUGACCAUCAGCAACCCCACGCGGCACGUCUACACGGGCGGCAAGGGCUGUGUGAAGAUAUGGGACAUCAGCCAGCCGGGCAGCAAGAGCCCCAUCUCCCAGCUGGACUGCCUGAACAGGGACAACUACAUCCGCUCCUGCAAGCUGCUCCCCGACGGGCGCACGCUCAUCGUGGGCGGUGAGGCCAGCACGCUCACCAUCUGGGACCUGGCCUCGCCCACGCCCCGCAUCAAGGCCGAGCUGACAUCCUCAGCUCCCGCCUGCUACGCUCUGGCCAUCAGCCCCGACGCCAAAGUCUGCUUCUCCUGCUGCAGCGACGGAAACAUUGCCGUGUGGGACCUGCACAACCAGACCCUCGUCAGGCAGUUCCAGGGCCACACGGACGGCGCCAGCUGCAUAGACAUCUCCCACGAUGGCACCAAGCUGUGGACCGGGGGCCUGGACAACACCGUGCGCUCCUGGGACUUGCGGGAGGGCCGGCAGCUGCAGCAGCAUGACUUCACCUCCCAGAUCUUCUCGCUGGGCUACUGCCCCACCGGGGAGUGGCUGGCCGUGGGCAUGGAGAGCAGCAACGUGGAGGUGCUGCACCACACCAAGCCCGACAAGUACCAGCUGCACCUGCACGAGAGCUGCGUGCUGUCCCUCAAGUUUGCCUACUGCGGCAAGUGGUUUGUGAGCACCGGGAAAGACAACCUCCUCAACGCCUGGAGGACGCCGUACGGAGCCAGCAUCUUCCAGUCUAAGGAAUCUUCGUCUGUCUUGAGUUGUGACAUUUCGGCGGAUGACAAAUACAUUGUAACUGGCUCUGGUGACAAGAAGGCCACAGUUUAUGAGGUCAUCUACUGAGCGAGGACUUCACAGGGCUGUCAGACCCUGGGAGACAGACUCAGCCAUGCCGGGGGCCAGCCAGGGGCCCCGCGGAUGCAGAGGACGGGCAGCCAGCGGCCCCGCGCUGCACUCCGUGGCCUGAGGGCACACGCCCGUCGCGGUCUGGACUUCUGGGCAUGGACUGAUCUGUCUCACGAACUCCGACGGAUUUCUCUUCUCCUCCCUCUAAUAGUCCUGGCAGAUGCUACGAAUAGAUUUAUUUGGAGGCUCGUGGCUCCAGCUCCCCAGACACCCUCGUGGAUCUGUCCUCCCUUCCCCUUUAGUCUGCUUUGUCCCCCUGCCCUGGCUCGGGGCCGCUGGAGUGUGGACCACACGUUGUGCCGGGGUGGGGGGAUGGGCUUCAUGUUCCCGACUGUGCAGCGCACAAGAUUGUGAAAAGUGUAAAUAACAGACUCCUAUCUCGGACUGGUCAGGGCGGGAGGGAGCCCCUCCCACCGAAACACUAGCCGUGUAUUUCGCCUGCUGUAUUUGUAAUCCACUCGUGGUGGUGGCUUUUUUUUUUUUUUUUCGAAACAGUAAGUUCCCAUCGUGGGGAGGGGAGGGCGGGGGUGGGAGUGGGGAGAAGACUCCUGGGGUGGAGGGAGGGGCAGCAGCUGGCAGCCACGGGGACCGUGAGCUUCGCCCCGGAGGCGCGCAUCUCCUCGUGGACCUGGGACUCCUCUGAGGCGCGCCAGACCUUGCUCCAGACAGACCGAUGGACAGGCAGAACUUGAGGUGGGUGCCCGCCUGGGCUGACGUCAGCAGAGGGGCAGGUUUUUCUGUGGCCUCCUGAGCGCCACCUGCCUCUUGGCCUCUCUGGGGCCCCGCUCAGGUGUCUGACCCUCCCUCCCCGCCCCCUCACCUCGGGCUCGCUUUGGUGCACACUUGGUUCUCCUGAUUAGAAGUGGAGGUUCAAAGGAACUCCAUCUCCGGCCCUUCCUAAUCUUUGGACACCACCUAAAGGACAAAGGUUGGAGGAGAGCAUAGCAGCUCAGCUCAGGGAGCUACCGGAGAAGCAACAGCAACUGAUGUGGGGAUUUUUUGGGUUUUUUAAUAAAGAGAAUUAGAAAUGAUACCCUUUUAUGAAAAUGCCUUCGCCCCUGCCCCUUCCUCUCCCCUAGAGGGAAAACCACGUAUUAACCCACAGGGUCCUGAGUCAGAGCAUCGUGCCCCCUCCCGCCGGGGGAAAGGGGCCCGCGGGGGGCGGGGACACCAUGCGCCCUUCUCGCAGCUUCCUGUCUCUCUCAGGAGCCCAAGCAGGUUACAGGUAGAAGAUUGUCUGCUGCAGGUGCCACUUUUUUGGUACCAAAAUGUUCUGAGGAAUUAGAAUUUGGCUAGGGUUCCCCCCUCCUUUUCCUUUUGGUCUUAUUUUUCUUACUUUGAGGAAAAGCUGGAGGCCGCUGGGUCCUGGUGCGGCUCUCCGCGGAUGUAGCGUAUGGAAGAUACUUUUUAUACUGCAUUUUUAUGGAUUAUUGUCUAAUGUGUGGCUCCGUCUGGUUGAAGGCAGGAGGGGCUCUGGUGAACCCCCCAUUCAGUGCUCUUGCUCCCGGGCGCAGAGAUGGGCACAGCGCCCUGCACCUUUCUGAGGUUGGGGAGGGUGUGCAGACUCUGUCUGUCUGUCUGUCUCUCUGGGUCUCAGAUGUUCAUGUUCCAACUCUUGUUAUGACUCUUGCCACGAGGCAGGGCGAGGGUAGGAGAAAGUUGAUUCCUGAAAAAAAAAGAAAAUGAAAA